AUGUCUUCCACCCACCAACCCAACAUCAAACUGUACACGGACUCGACGCCGAACGGGAUCAAGAUCUCGAUCGCACUGGAGGAGCUAGGCCUGCCGUACCAGGUCGAGCACAUCGACAUCUCGACGAACCGGCAGAAGGAGGCCUGGUUCCUGGAGAUCAACCCCAACGGCCGCAUCCCGGCCAUGACCGACACGUUUCGAGCCGACGGCCAGCCCAUCCGCCUGUUCGAGGCCGGCGGCAUCCUGCAGUACCUGGUCGACGAGUAUGAUGCCACCGAACACAAGAUCAGCUUCCCCCGCGGCACGCGCGAGUACUACGAGAUGGUCAACUGGACCUUCUGGCAGAAUGCUGGGCUGGGGCCCAUGCAGGGCCAGGCGAAUCAUUUUGUGAGAUACGCUCCCCAAAAGAUCGAGUACGGCAUGAAUCGCUAUGUCAACGAGACCCGCCGCCUGUACGGCGUGCUGGACAAGCACCUGCAGUCGUCCAAGUCCGGCUUCAUCGUGGGCGACCACAUCUCCAUCGCCGACAUCACCACCGUCGGCUGGGUCAUCUACGCCGGCUGGGCAGGCGUCGAUAUCGACGAGUUCCCCACCCUCAAGAAGUGGGAGGAGAUGAUGACUGCGCGCCCGGCCGUCAAGAAGGGUUGCGACGUGCCCAAGCCGCUCACCAUCAAGGAGCGCCUCAAGGACAAGGCCGGGCUCGAGGCCUACGCCAAGAAAGCCAGCCAGUGGAUCGUGCAGGGCAUGCAGGACGAUGCGAAGAAGUAG